AUGGACCACCCGGAUGUUUCGGUUGUCGCUGUUGAGCUAUCAGGCAAUCGACCAGGGAAAACGAUGGUGCUGCGAGGUGAAGGCCUUGGUUCUCCUAAGUUUCACACGAUGCAGCCCCGCAUGAUGAAGCCAGCCCAGAUGGAUGGACAAUGGGAGAACACGUUGCACGGCGUUCACCCCGCGCCUCCAAGGCGAAUAUCUUCACGAGAACCACACUGGAACGAUGCGCGUCGCGAGGAUGCCAGACCCCCGCAAGACAUACCAUCAUCUCCCUCGCUGCCGAGCGGCAGUGAAUACUCGAGUGACAGCAAACACGGACAGCGAAGAAGCAGCCAGAACUCCGGAACGUCGAACACAGACGAAAAGUCCAGAACGGAGUCCGACGAGGAGCACAGGGAGUGCUCGCCUCCGCCGAUCGUGCAGGUCGAAGCCGUGCCGCCACUCACCAAAGUCCACUUCUCUUGCUACCAGUCUCAUCGAUCGUUCAUGGUGUCAAAAAACGCGUAUUACUCGGUGCCCUGUAUGACGUGCCUCAAAGCUGAUCAGCAGCCUCGAUACCGCUGUACGUUCUGCUGUCUGCGCGUGUGCGGAGACUGCGCCAAAGGGAUAUCUAACUGUAAGGAUCGAUCUCUGAUGGAGUUCCUCGAAAACUUGGUCCAAGGUUUAGAAGGCUCGUGA